AAUGAAAACAUCCUCGACAAUGAUCAAAGCUUCCCUGAGCUGCAUUUUAUGGCUAUCUAUAAUGGUUGCCAUUAAUGCAUCAGACCCAGAUCCUUUGCAGGAUUUCUGUGUGGCUGAUACUACUCAAGCUAAUGUGAAGAUCAACGGUUUUGUGUGCAAAGACCCAAAGGCAGUGAACGCAUCUGAUUUCUUGUUUAGGGGACUAUCUAAUCCACUCUCAACCAACAACAAUUUAGGAUUCAAUAUAACCGCAGGUAAUGUGGUAAAUUUCCCAGGAGUAAACACACUAGGCAUAUCAAUCAACCGGGGGGAAUUUGCCCCUGGUGGUUUGAAUCCCCCUCAUAUUCAUCCUCGUGCUACUGAGAUCAUAUUUGUAAUGGAGGGCACUAUUUUGGCUGGUUUUAUCAGCACAGAUAAUGUGUUGUUCUCACAAAAGUUGGAGAAGGGAGAUGUGUUUGUAAUUCCAAGGGGCUUGGUGCAUUUUCAGCAGAACGUGGGGGCGUCAUAUGCUAGUACAAUUACUGCUUUUAACAGCCAGCUGCCUGGUGUUCAAGUGAUUGCAUCUGCCCUGUUCGGAGCCGAUCCUUCCAUUCCACAAGAUGUGUUGACCAAGGCAUUUAAUGUCAAUGAUCAACAGCUCAAAGAAUUGAUUUCUGGGCAAACCGCUGCACCUGCACCUGCACCAGUGGGGCAUUAAUCCCUCAUUAUUGCUCUAAUAAGUCAUUCUGUUCAGAGAGGAGGCUAUUCUUACUGUGUUCGAAUUAUUUCUUUCUAAUCGAUUGUUUUAAAGAUGUGCUGAAUAAAAGCCUCAUUCUUGUUGAGGUUGAAAC